GCCUGACCUGCCUACAGGAUUCAGACACACUCCUGGGCACCAACCAUGGGACUGGAACAAACUCCUGUUUGGCUGACCACCGUGGCCUGUGGGCUCCUGCUUCUCCUCCUGGUUCAGGGACCUAACUUGUUUCAAACUCCAGCAGUAAUCAUACGUUGUGACAGUGGUGAUGUGAGGUCAUGUGACAAACGAGGAGUGCAUUAGUGUUUGCUGUCCUUGGUCCUUGGAAGAGGCUGAGCUGAGGGUGAUAAAGAAGCCAGGACUCAGCCAGUCCCAUCAGGACCACACACACAGGCCAGAUACAAGGCAGCCUCAUCCACAUGAAGGGCCUUGAUGUGGGUGUCCACAGCUUCCUGGGAAUUCCCUUUGCCAAGCCACCUGUGGGACCACUGCGCUUUGCUCCCCCUGAGCCCCCUGAGCCAUGGAGUGGUGUGAGAGAUGGGACCUCCCAUCCAGCCAUGUGUCUGCAGGACAUCAGUGCACUGAAUAUGCAGGCUCUUAAGCUGUUGAAGCUGACCCUGCCUCCCAUUCCCAUGUCUGAGGACUGCCUCUACCUUAACAUCUAUGCACCAGACCAUGCCCACGAGGGUUCCAAGCUGCCUGUGAUGGUGUGGAUCCAUGGUGGUGCUCUGGUUAUAGGCAUGGCUUCCUUGUAUGAUGGGUCCAUGCUGGCAGCCACUGAGGAUGUGGUGGUGGUCACUAUCCAGUACCGCCUGGGUGUUCUAGGCUUCUUCAGCACUGGGGACCAGCAUGCCAGAGGCAACUGGGGCUACCUGGACCAAGUGGCCGCCCUGAGCUGGGUCCAACAGAACAUCGCCUACUUCGGAGGCAACCCUGACUGCGUCACUAUUUUUGGCGAGUCUGCAGGUGGCACAAGUGUGUCUUCACAUGUUGUGUCCCCCAUGUCCCGAGGACUCUUCCACAGAGCCAUCAUGGAGAGUGGGGUGGCCCUCAUAUCAAGCCUCAUCUCAGAAUCCUCUGAAGCAGUCUAUAGGGUGGUUGCCAACCUGUCUGGAUGUGAGCAGGUGGACUCAGAGGCCCUGGUGAACUGUCUACGAGACAAGACUGAAGACGAGAUUAUGGCUAUUAACAAGGCCUUCAAGAUCAUCCCUGGCAUAGUUGAUGGUGUCUUCCUGCCCAGGCAUCCCAAGGAGUUGCUUGCCUCUGCUGACUUCCAAUCUGUCCCCAGCAUUAUUGGUGUCAAUAAUGAUGAGUAUGGCUGGAUCAUCCCCUCGAGCAUUAGCGCCACUGACUCCCAGAAGGAACUGGACAGACAGACCGUGCAAGCUAUCCUGAGGAGAAGGGCUGCACAGAUGAUGUGGCCUCCUGGAUUUAGUGACCUGCUUAUGGAGGAGUACAUGGGAGACAAUGAGGACACUCAGCUUCUCCAAGUGCAGUUCACAGAGAUGAUGGAAGACUUCACCUUUGUGGUGCCUGCGCUGCAAGUAGCGCAUUUUCAGCGUUCCCGUGCCCCUGUAUACUUCUAUGAGUUCCAGCAUAGACCCAAUUUUUUCAAGGACUCUAAACCACCCCAUGUGAAGGCUGACCAUGGUGACGAGAUUCUCUUUAUCUUCAGAUCAUUUUGGGGAGGCACCCAAGUUGACCUCACUGAGGAGGAGGAGCAGCUGAGCAGGAGGAUGAUGAAGUACUGGGCCAACUUUGCACGACACGGGAACCCCAACAGUGAGGGUCUACCCCACUGGCCCAUGUUUGACCAUGAAGAGCAGUACCUGCAGCUGGACAUCCAGCCUGCUGUGGGCCGAGCCCUGAAGGCCAGAAGGCUGCAGUUCUGGACCCAGACUCUGCCUCAAAAGAUGCAAGAGCUAAAAGAAGCUGGGGGCAGGCAUAUGGAGUUAUAGAACCCUGUGGCAAGUCGCAGUUUGUCCUAAGUGUGAGUGGGAUUAUUCUAAGGUUUCCAAAUACCUUAAGAAGAGACAGAGGGUGUUGACAGAUGUUUUUAUCCCACCAGGUCCCACAAUCAUAUAGUCUCAAAGAAACACACAGAGGCCUACAUUAAUUAUAAACUGAUUGGCCUAUUAGCUCAGGCUUCUUAUUAAAUAAUUCUUACAUCUUAAAUUAGUCCAUAAUUCUUGUCUGUGUUAGCCAUGAUAAAAAGUCUUGGUACCUUUUUAUCAAAGAGGCAUUCUCAUCUUGCUUCCUCUUGGUCUGGUGACAACUGCAGACUGAGUCUUUUCCCAGAAUUCUCCUGUUCUGGUCACCCUGCCUAUACUUCCUGCCUGGCUACUAGCCAACCAACAUUUUAUUAAACCAAUACAAGUGACAAAUCUUUACAGGACACAAGACCAUUGUCCCACAGCAAGAGGGGAUCCAUACUUUUACAUAGUCAUUAAACUCAUACACCCAACAAUUAUGGAGGCUCCUAUACAUGAUAUAUGUUCCUUGCUAAGGCUGAUAAGGGUCACUUUCUGUUAUACACAGUAAACAUACAGGGGGCUAUGGAUGGGUGAGUCCCAACAGACAACAUCUUCCUUUGUGCUACAGUAGGCAAGGGUUCCCCCCUGCCUCCCUCACCUCAGCUUCACCCACUCCUUUCCUCUCCUCUCACUUCUCAGGCCCUCCACUACUAGUGAUGUACCCCGGGGGAGGAAUUCAGUAACCUGGAUGACUAAAUUCCUUUCUCACAUCUCAGCAAGCUCCUGUCCUGGCUCAUGGGUAGCACUUUGCCCUUCCCACUAUAAGCCAGCAAACAAGUUCCCAUAGGCCCCAUUUGUAUGAACAAGUUCCCACAGACUCCAUUCAUACAAACAAGUUCCCACAGACCCCAUUCAUACAAGCCCCAUAUAAGCCCAUUUUCUAUUACUAUAACAAAAGAUCUAAACCAGCAACUUAUAAAAAGAAGAGUUCUGAGCUAGCAAGACAGCUCAGCUAUUAAAGGCACAUGCCAUCAAGCCUGACAACAUGAAUUUGAACCCAGAACCCACAUUGUCCUCUGACCUUCACAUAUGUUCUGUGGUUCAUACACACACACACACACACACACACACACACACACGAAUAAAUGUAAAACGUUUUUAAAAGAAAAGAAAGUUUUUCUCUAAACUCAGUUCUAAGACAGAAAACUCUAAAAUUGGAUACUUUCUCCUAAUGGGACACUGGACUGGCUCAUGACACAGCAGAGAGCCAAAAGGAAAACAGCCAAGUAAGAGGCAAUGGUGUGGGAUGUCCUCCUGUAUAUCUGCUGCUUUUAUUGGCUAAUGAACAAGGCUGCCUUGGUCUACAUCAGGGCAGAAUAUAGCCAGGCUGGAAAAGAUAUAUAGAGAGAGCAGGCAGAGUUGGGGAGACACAGUGUAGCUGCCGUAGAAGGACACACCAGAACCUUACCCGGUAGGCCACAGCCUCAUGGCAACACACAGAUGGAUAGAAAUGGGUUAAUUGAAGAUGUAAGAGCUCACUAGAACUAUGCUAGAGUCGUUGGCCAGUGUUUUAAUUAAUACAGUUUCUGUGUGAUUUUUCAGGCCUGGGCGGCCGGGAAACAAACAGUCUCCAUUUACAAGGCAAACACAGGGGCUUCCCGUGCUAUUUGACAGUUGAACUCUGAGGUUUAUUGGAACUGCACUAACCCCUGUCAAGAGCAGCAAAUCCAGGACCUAAUUAACCCCCACCAGGCCCCACCUCGUAGAGAUUCCAUCACUUCUCAACAUUUCCACAACGCAGAUAAAGCUUCUAGCACAUGCACCUUGACAGGAUUUGCAUUACCCAAUUAUAAGUCACGGCACCACUUCCACUCCCGAGGAUUUUGCCCUUGUGGUGGGGCUCACCUCAACACACUCCUCUGUACUGGCUAGGUUCCUGUCAACUUUACACAGGCUGGGAGUUAAAUAAAAGGAAGGAACCUCCAUUGAGAAAAUGCCUCCAUGAGUUCCUGCUGUGGGGCAUUUUCUUAAUUAGUGAUUGUUGGGGAAGGGCCCAGCCCCCAGCCCAUUGUGGGUGGUGUCAUCCCUGGGCUGGUGAUCCUGGAUUCUGUAAGAAAGCAGGCUGAGCAAGCCAUGAGGAGAAGCCAGUAAGCAGCUCCCCUCCAUGGCCUCUGCAUCAGCUCCUGCCUCCAGUUCCUGCCUUGUUUGAGUUCCCGUCCUGACUUCCUUUGAUGAUGAACAGUGAUAUGGAUGUAUAAGUUAAAUAAACCCAUUCCUCCCCAAGGUACUUUGCUCAUUGUGUUUCAUCACAGCAAUAGUAACCCUAAGACACCUCCCCGCUUAGGACAAAGCAGCAGAGACUGGGUUCACACAUAGAAGUGGAGGCAGGAAACAAGCCCUAAGAAUGUAGAACGUAGAGCUCCCAGGUCCCAGCAACUGUGGCCAUUAAUUAUGGAAAAUAUAAAGGCCCCAGGCCUUAGGUAUUGACCCUGAAGACAGCAUCCACCCAUCGCUGGCAUUUAAAGCAACCUAUCCUCCGUUUUCAGUGUGAUACAAUCCUGCAGCUGUAACCCCUGCACCAAGGAAGCUAGGCAGGAAGAUCUCAGCCCCAGGUCAGCCUGAUGACAUUUUCUGAAUAGAAGUGGGGGGAAGAAGUAAGACUAUGAGCAAAGGGGUCAAGACCAUGAUGGGAACACCCACAGAAACACCUGACGUGAGCUAGUGGGAGCUCACUGACUCUGGACUGACAGCGAAGGAACCUGCAUAGGACCAAACUAGGCCCUCUGAAUGUGGGUGACAGUUGUGUGACUGGGCAGUCUGUGGGGCCACUGGCAUUGGGACCAGGACUUAUCCCUAAUGCUUUAACUGACUUUUUGAAGCCCAUUCUCUUUGGAGGGAUACCUUGCUCAGCCGAGAUAUAGGGGGGAAGGCCUUGGUCCUGCCUCAAAGUGAUGUGCCAGACGUUGUUGACUCCCCAAGGGAAGCCUUACCUUCUCUGAGGAGUGGAUGGGGGUGGGGUGGGGAGAGCAGGUGGGGGAGCAGGAGGAAGGGAGGGAGUGGGAACUGGGAUUGGUAUGUAAAAUGAGAAAAGAUUGUUUUAAAAUAUAAAAAGAAAAGAAGGAAGGAAAGAAGGAAGGAAGGAAGGAAGGAAGGAAGGAAGGAA